AUGGCCGACACCGGAGAAGACAGGACGAAGGGUGGAGCGGAUUUCCACAAAGAAAAAAUUAAAUGCAGCCCCGCAGACGAGGCUGAGCUGGAGAGUCAGCAUUUCUGGAGAAUAAUCGAUGCUUUUAAAUUUUACAGGGCCCAUGUCCAGGAGCGGGUCAAGCGUGCUGAGCGUCAGUUUCUGAGCCUACCACAGCACCACCAGAAUUUGCUGCCAUGUGUUUUGUCCAACCUGGCCCGCAUCAACCGGUGUGUGGACCACAACCAGGAGGUGAUGCAGGACAUCAUUCACAACAGCCUCGACAUGUUCGAGAACAUUGGAUAUGGCGAGAGGGAGGAUCCGAGGAAGAUUCGGCCAUCUACCACAUUUGACAUGGACAAGCUUAAGUCAACCAUAAAGCAGUUUGUCAGAGACUGGAGUGAUGAAGGCCAGGCUGAGAGAGACUCCUGCUACCGACCCAUCAUCCAAGAGAUCCAAAGACUCUUCCCAUGUGACCAAUAUGAUGUGUCUAAGGUGAGCGUUCUGAUUCCGGGUGCUGGGCUCGGCCGUCUUGCCUGGGAGAUUGCGAGCCUGGGUUAUAUAUGCCAGGGCAACGAAUGGAGCCUCUUCAUGCUCUUCUCCUCAAAUUUUGUUCUCAAUAGGUGUGAGCAGGUGAACACUCUGACCCUGUACCCUUGGAUCCACCAGUUCAGCAACAACAAGAAAUCUUCAGACCAAACACGACCAAUCAGAUUCCCUGAUGUCAACCCUCAGAGUUUACCACUAACUGCAGACUUCUCCAUGGUAGCUGGGGACUUUGUGGAGGUCUACACUGACACAGAUUCCUGGGACUGUGUGGCUACCUGUUUCUUUAUUGACACAGCUCAUAACGUCAUUGAGUAUGUGGAGACCAUCUGGAAGAUUCUGAAGCCUGGUGGAGUCUGGAUCAACCUGGGUCCGCUGCUGUAUCACUUUGAGAACAUGGCCGACGAGCUCUCAGUUGAACUUAGCUAUGAAGACAUUAGGACAGCCAUGGUUAAAUUUGGCUUCCACAUUGAGGUGGAGAAAGAGUCAAUGCAUACCACCUACACAGAAAACAACCGCUCUAUGUUGAGAUACGUUUACGACUGUGUCUUCUUUGUGGCACGAAAACCUGCAGACGUGUAUUUUGACUGUGAAGAGGACGACCAACGGUCAAUUUCCCCACCGGCGGCUAAGUCACCUCGGCGAGAGGGAACAGACAGCCUGACGUGACAAGAAAUCCUUUGUCAAAAACAGUGAACAUAGGGGAGCACAACCAUCGACUGAGAAGAGAUUAAACUGAUGAACUGAAAAACACAAUGGAAGCGGGGGGAAAAACCAAGGAGAUAAAUGUUCUUUUUGUUUUAUAUAGUCUCAAUAAUGUUCAUUUCUUUGAGAGGAGGCAGCCAGUCAUGAUGAGUGUGUUUCUUUUAACCAUUAUGGCCUGCAGCCUUCAUUGUUUUUUGCUACGUGUGUGUGUUUGUGCGUGGGCGCUUGUUUGUGUGUGUGAGAGAGAGAUGAUGGAGAAUAUGAUCUGAACAUUGGAAAAUCUAUUUAUUUUUCAAAUAUGGUGCCAAUAACUUCUACCCAUUUGCAUUGAUCAUCAGAUGUUUCAGUUUUUUCAGAAAUAUGCUGUUUUAAAGUUGGAGAGGAUUUUCAUUAAAUGUUUCUUAUCAAACUUUGUAAU